UCCUCGGCCUCCCUCCGGGCCCUCGCCGCGGCGGCCGCCGCCGUCGCGGCGGCCUCCUUCUGCGCGUCGAGGCGCGCCUGGGCCGCCGCCUUCUCGGCCUCGCGCUCGGCGCGCUCGCGCGCCACCUUCGCCUCGCGCUCGCGCUUGCGCUGCGCCUGCUGCGCGAGCUCCUGCUUCGAGGGCGGCUGGGGCUUGGGCAGCUCGAACUUUGGCAGUUCGAACUUGGGCAGCUCGACGGGCUUCGGCGCGGGCUUCGGCGCGGGCUUCGGCGCCGGCGCCGGCUUCUCGGCGACCGGCGCAGGAGCGGGCGUCGGGGCCUUGGGCGCCGCCGCUAAACCAGAUAGGAACGAGGGCAGCUUGAACUCCACCGGCGCGGCCUUCUUCGUAACGGCGGCGGGGCUCUGCUCCGCCGCCUUGCCCUUCUGGACCUGGCGCGCGGCGCGCUCCUGCGCCGCGGCCUCCUCGGCCGCCGCGCGCUCGGCGGCGGCCCGCUCG